GCAAUAACUAUAAUAAUAAUAAUAAUUACUAUUAUCAUUAUUGUUAUUACAGUAAUAAUUAUAUUAACAGUAUUAAUUGAUAAAAUUGCCACCUAUAUUGUACUUCUAGUGCUAUUAAGUUAUGGUAGCAAUUACUAUGUAUUAUUUUGGAGAAGUAACGAUUACCGUAUCGCAUUUUUAAGCCAACUUUGUCUUGAUCCCAAAUUUUUUUCCUCUGUUCGAGUUGUUCCAAUUACUGAACAACGACGAAAUGAUAUCUGA